AUGGCCUCGCCUUCCCACCGCAUCGCGCAAGCCUUGCAGGGCCUGGCUGGGCCAGGUGGCAAGGUGGAACGAUGUAUGCUGCUGGAGGCACUGUGUAGCAUUGAGCCUUCCUGGACAGAUGCAGACCUGCUGAAGAUUCUGCAAGCUGCUGGUAUGCCCGCAGACGAGCCUAUCAGCUGCGAUGCCUUCCUUAGCUUCCUUUUCGAGGAGUCUGCAGCAGAGAGGUCGCUGGCAGAUGCCAAGACGCGGUUCCCACAGCUCGGGGAGAUUCCUGAGCUGCCACGCAUCACUGACGACAUGACGGUGGAAUUCCUCACCGAUGUCGAGGGCAACUGGGAUUACUUUGUGCACUUCGUGUCGCUGAGCCAAGUGCUGCACUGGUCGGGCCCGGAACGGGGCGCCUGGGGCCCCGGGGAGCUCAUGCUUCGCGACCAAGGGUACUUCGUCUUUGGAGGAGAUGCUGUGGACAAGGGUCCAGGCGACAUUCGGGUCGUGAAGACCCUGCUGUCACUCAAGCGCCGGUAUUGGUCAAGAGUGUUCAUUGUCUUGGGCAACCGGGACCUUUGCAAGCUGCGCUUCUUCGCUGAGCUGCAAGACGGGGAGGAUGGCAGCGCCUUCGAAGCGAAGGGCGGCGCCUACUGGAUACCUGAUCCAAAGCCUUCCCCAGACUACGAGACCUACGUUCAGAUGCACGGCCUCGAGCGGGGCCACGUGAGCACUGUAAAGUGGAUAUUGGACUGCAACAUGGGCUGUCAGAAGACCACCUUCGGGGCAAGGAGGCAUGAGUUGGCCCUCCUGGGCGGUGAGGGCUCUGACGAAGCAGUCGUCUGGAGCUACCGCGAUUCUGUGGAUCCAUAUGGCUCAGAUCCAUGGAUGCUGGACCUCCUACGUGUGGGGCAGCUCGCCGUGAUCUUGGGGGACUCCCUCUUCGUGCACGGGGGUUUGUACGAGGAGGCCAUCGGGGCGAUGCCCGGCGAGGCACCGGCAGUUUCUCGGCUCAAAACCGUGGCCAGAGGGGCCAUGGCAAGUGGGACCGAUUGA